AAAGUGUGUUUAAUUUAUUGGUUGUAGUAAAGAAUGUGAACCGGCAUACACCUUGAAAUACUUUGACUAAAAUAUUGUUGUUUGCCGGACGCCCAUCCCUCUGCGAGCCGGCCGUGGGCGUGGUGUCGAGUUGGGAAAACAAGCCGCAGACGCCCCGUGACACUGCCCCGCAUCAGUCGAGUUUCGCCGCAGAAGGAGCUGCCGAGGUUCGUCCGAUAACAUCUCCCCGACCGGGACUGCCAGAACCCCCCUCCUCCCCCGCCUUCUUCCUCCUGGUUCUGCUUAUCUCGGCUCGGAUGGGGGACAAGCGCGCGCCGACCGGGGCCGUCCUGCGUGUGUAGCCGCCUGUUGGGCACCGACGAACCGACUUGUUGUCGGCAAGAUGAGCGGAGGAGAAGUCAUCCUCCAGGGCUGGCUGAGGAAGUCGCCGCCGGAGAGGAAACUGCGGAGAUACGCAUGGAAGAAGCGCUGGUUCAUUCUGCGCAGCGGGCGUAUGAGCGGUGACCCCGACGUGCUGGAGUACUACAAGAACGACCACUCCAAGAAGCCCAUCCGGGUCAUCGACCUGCACUGCUGCGAGCAGGUGGACGCCGGCCUGACCUUCAAGCGGAAGGAUUUCCAGGACAGCUUCGUGUUCGACAUCAAGACCUCGGACCGCACUUUCUACUUGGUGGCCGAAACCGAGGAGGAGAUGAACAAGUGGGUGCGCGCCAUCUGCCAGCUGUGCGGCUUCAACCAGUCGGACGACAACAACCACGAUGUCCGCCUGCAACAGAUGCCGCGUUCCGUUGGAGCAGAUGAUUCCGGCUCGGCGGCCCCCCUGAGCGCCAUCGGCGGCGGCGGCGGCAAGUUGUCGGCACCCGUCCACUCCAGCCAGCCCGUGUUGUUCACCUUCGACGUGCCUGUGCGCCACUCGCACCACAGUGCCCUGUCCAACAGCGCGCCGCAGGACUACCUCCUCCUGCACCAGUGCAUGAGCAGGAAGACGGAGAGCGUGCGGAGCGCCAGCUUCUCGCAGGCCACGAGAAGCAACGUUUUCCUGGGCAGCGACUCGGCCGUCCAGAAGCUGUCCCACGGCUUCUCGCACUGCCUCAACGGGAUGGGCGCUCAGCUGCACGGCUUCUACAGCCUCCCCAAGCCCGGCAAGCAGCAGCAACUGCCGUCCGCGCCCGACGAUUCCCCUCAGGAGGCCUGCUACGUGCUACCCCGCGGCUACGAGGCCCACGGCGGCCCUCCCGAGCUGGACCUGGAGAACGAGGAGGUGUACUCCUUCCAGACGCCCUGCAACGCUCUCGCCGCCGCCGAGCGGCCCACCGACAACUACGACCUCCCGACGCCGCCCGGCUCCUUCUACCAAAUACCGCGGACGUUUGAUAAGAACCACAACGCGCUGACGCCGUCCAGCUCCGAGUCGUCCUGCGCGCCCCCGCCCAGGCCGCCCAAGCCCGGCUCGGACGGGCAGUGGGGGAGUCCGCACUCGCUCGGGAGCCAGAAUGGCGAUGCUUCGGCCGCCAUGUCGGUCAUCCCCAGAAGGAAUACGCUACCCGCCGUGGAGAACAUUAGACUGCACAGAGGCUCUUCCUUUGAAACGAGCAGCCAUCAGCGUCCUAUCCAUUUCAACAGCUCAGGCCAGUCUGUGGAGUCAGUCAACGACGGCUAUAGCUCGUACCUGAGGACCAGAACCCCCCUGACCCGCUCGGACAGCGGCAACUCGGAUGACAACUACGUGCCCAUGAAUCCCGGCUCGUCGCCGCUGAGCGCCGCCCAGGCCGACAGUCCCAAGAACGUGUACAUCCCCAUGAGCCCCGGGCCGCACCACUUUGACUUCCCGGGCUUCUCGGCCACGCUGCCCACCCGCAAGGGCAGCAGCGCCUCGCUGUGCCACCGGCCCGGCCGCCUCAGCGACGUCACACCGCCGCCCAUCAAUCGCAACCUCAAGCCCAACAGGAAGUCCAAGCCAACACCUCUGGAUCUGAAGAACAACGGCUUCAUUGAUGAGCUGCCGUUUAAGAGCCCGGUCACCAUGUCCUGGACGCGGCCCAUGCCCGCCAUGAACUCCGUGUCGUCGCAGCGUUGUCGCCCCAUCUCCACGCAAAGCAUCACCAGCACCGACUCUGCAGACAGCGAGGAGAACUACGUGGCUAUGCAAAACCCAGCGUCUACCUCGCCAGCCGUGAGCGGCACCAGCAGUCCGGCCCUUCGCAAGAGCGGCAACGUGGACUACCUGGCGCUGGACUUCCAGCCUGGCUCGCCCUGUGCACACAGGAAGCCGUCGACGUCGUCGGUGACGUCUGACGAGAAGGUGGACUACGUGCUGGUGGACAAGGAGAAGACGCAGGCGCUGCAGAACACCAUGCAGGAGUGGACCGACGUGCGGCAGUCUACUGAAUCCGCCAAGGCGGUCAAGUCUUGACACUGAGUACAUGUGACGUGUCCAUUACUGGGAAAGGGUGUGGUGGGGGGUGUUGCUGUUCGGACCACCCAAAAAGCCAUAACUUAGAGUACCUAUGCCUGUUCUCUGCCAUAAUUUAUUUUUAACCUUUGUAUGGACCAAAUAUGAGCCCUUUGUGGCAACGCAAUUUUUCCCCAUAGCUGCCCCCUCCUCUCAAAUUCUCCUUUUAGAAUCAACAGAGAACUGCGUGACACUGCUGUCGCCAUUUUACUCCAUUUUGAUGACGUAAAAGGAUCUCUUGAUUGGCUUAGUAGGCUCAAAACGCACAAGGCGUUUGUCACUAUAAGCCACUAUGAAGAAAAAUAGACAUUGAGGACAUAAACGCAGACAAGGAGGACAGCAAUGUAAGGUGUCCAAUAGUGUGGCACCGGGCCCUCUCUGCUGCAGGGGCUGUGCCCAAAUACCAAAUGUUAAACGCAAGUGUGGUCCAGUUGCCGACAUAAGCAACGUUUUGUUUUUUUUUGCUAUAUUUAGCAUAUAGCAACUCUAGCCACUCCAAUAAGCACGUUUCCACACAGUCUUUCCGCUCUCCUUAUGAAAUUAGCCUGUUUUGAGGGGGCGGCCCGAUGUCGUGCGAAUGAGCCACUGCUCACCCCCCUGCCUCGAAUGCAGCGGGUGCUUUUGACCUGAUGGUGAUUGCGCGUAGUCUGAAAGCGGAGGAUCUUGCCACAGCGCAGCUGCCAAGUCAUGGGUGGACAAAGUUGGUUUUGGGGGUGGGAUUAUGUGAAGGACAGUUUUGAUGUCACAAUUGGGCAAAAUUCUGAAUGGCUGAGCGAGCUCACAAACUCGGUUGUAGAAAAGUUGGAGACACCCGAUUUUUUAUAUACAAGAACAAAAAAAAAUUAUCUGGUUUACUUUAUAUGGCAAAAUGGAGCCCAAACAAGAGUUGAACCUUUAGGAAUAAAAGUCGCAAACAGUCCAAGUUUUGGUCAAACCCGAAACACUACGAAUGUUUCAGAGGUUGUGCGAUUUUGUGAGUCGGCUCAGUUUGUAUUUGAAGCCAAAGCCGAUUGAGUCGAGGCAAGGCGAGUUGAAUACCGCGUCCACGAUGCCUGCCGUGCACUGACCUUACCAAGAUGGCCGCUCCCUCGCCAUACAAGCCAUGUAGCCAUGCGCUCAGGCGCCUGACAAAGUGCACUCACGGAAAGAAAAUGGCCCCUCUUCAAGUCAGAGCGUCCACGGGUUUGAAUUGCCUUACUCCCACAUGAUUGAUUUGCCUUCCUUUGGUCUUUUUGUCGCAUUUAGGCACAAGUCCAAGUGUUUGAUUCGAACGAAAGCCACUUUGCUAGCUUAAUUGCCUCCUCAUGGUUUUUCUACCAAUUUUUACUGCUUUUUAUAUACAUUUUUUAAAACCUUUUUUCCCCUACUCUCAAGCAAGCUCUACGAAGUAGUAUUAAGUCCUCACUGAGAAGACCAAAAAA